UUAAGUGCCAAGAGAAAGGAAGACUGUUCUAUAGAUACAGUUUCUGAUCUUAGAAACAUAAUUACUAAUUAUCAUUAUUCAUAGGCUUUAUUACUUAAUUUCAGUCGAUUGUACAAAAAAAAAAUAUGAAUAGUUGCGGUAUGAGAAUAGUAGAAGAAAAACAUAUCCCUAACCAGGUCGAUAUUAUAAUAUGGAGUAACCGCAUUGACUUAUUAGCACUAAGUAAUUUCAAAGGUGAAGUGCAGGUGCAUCGACUGCAUUGGCAAAAAGUAUGGACUCUACAACCCCCAGCAGAAAAUAUUUUAGUUCAGUCAAUGGCUUGGAGACCAGAUGGAAAAGCACUCGCUAUAGGGUACAGUUCAGGCACUGUUUUAAUGGUUGAUAUUGAAGACAAAGAAGUACUUAAUAAAUUUGAUUUUGGCCAAGGGACCUCUGAAGAGUUUGAUGAAGUUAGUAGCCAUGGUAUUCCAUGUAUAACAUGGGCAGUGAAAUCUGGUGCUCUAGACAGUGCCACUGAAUAUAACAUUUAUGAAGACGCUUCUAUAUUUCUACCAAAGCCGAGUUCCACUAUAAAUUCCCAUAAAGGUUCAGAGAAUGAAGAAAAUAAUAAAACUCAAAAGGAUAACUUAGAGGAAACUCAAUUGAAUAUGCUGAUCAUUGCACAUGGUAAUGGAAAUAUAUUUAUGAGCAUAUACGGAAAGUAUCCACUGGGUACAUUGCCUAUGUCUCAAAUCACCAAAGAUGAGUGUGGGGAAUACAAGGUGCUCGAUAUUAAUAUAUCUGAUGACUUCAGCUGUAUGCAAGUACUUUAUUUAGAUAAAACCUCUAAUUAUAUACAUUUAGCAUUAGUUAACACCAGUGUACUGACAGCAUAUUGUGAAGAAAUGUAUGUUGUUGCUAAUAAACAUCAUCAUAUCAUUCAACUGAUGUCACAAGUUGAUAAAACAAUGAUUUCCAUUACUGAAGCUUGGGAACACAUUUUGUUAGAAAUGGACACAAAAAUGGCGUGUUACACUUCAGAAGGUGGUCUUUCAGCAGAUUUGCUAGAAUUGCUAAUGCUAGGUGUUCCAUCUGAAGAUCUAGAAAUUUUUCUUCUGAAGGACCUUACAGCAAAAGGACUCAAAAAAUUUGGCAGCUCUGUGGAACUGAGUUACUCUUCAAUCCAAAAAUUAGUUUUGCGUCAGUUAAAUAUUGUGGGACAAAGUCUUACUUACUAUUUUUCUGAGCUAAGAGGUUUGACUAAAGUACCAGACCGAUUUAAGAUUUUCGAACUUGAUGAACAAACAGUAACUGCUGCAAUCAAAGCUUGUUACGCAUUCCUCAAUAAAUGCUUAGAACUUCAGCAAGUUAUUGAUGUGUCCAUGAGAAAUUACAAGAUAUUCUUCAGAUGGCUUUUUGUUGUAAUAGUAAGAUUAUUAGAUGAGCAAACACCGAGUGAAAUCGUCAAGAUAACACAACAGGAAUUAACACACUUAGCAGAUUUUCUAUAUAACUUUGAUAAUGUUCAAUCGGAUGAUGGUGAUGGUUCUGAAAAGCCAGUAAAGUUCAACCUUGAGCGACUAGGUCAGUAUUUACAAGAUCAGGAACUCACGCUACUGCCAGACGAUGAUGAUAACCCUUGGCACAAGUUUCUCAAGGAAAAUGCAUGUCUAUUAAAAGAGAAUGACACAAUAUUCUCUAUGAUGGAGUUUAAGAAAUUUUCUCUUGUUCAGCAACAGAACUACUUAAAUAAUGCAGUAGCUAAGGUCUUUGAAGUAAAAGACAAAGAUUUAAGCAAGUACUUCUCUGUGCUUUGUAAUUUCAAAUGUCAUGAAAGUAAUAUCAAUGAUGAAACAAAAAUUUUACGUUAUUCUCAAAUGUUUGACCCAGAGGAGGAAAGGUAUUUGACAUCAUUCAUUCACAGUGGAAGUGCAACAGGUGGUAUAUAUUUCAUGUCAUUUAAUGUAAACGACAGAAAUUGUACAGCCUCUGCAUGUAAAUAUAUUCUCUCGGCAUGCUUACUGCCCGACUGUAAAAAUUCAGAAAGUAAUAUGACUAUCCUUGAUUUACAAUUUUACUCAACAGAAUAUUUAUCGGUCCUUGUGAAACAUCCUCACGAAGAUGCUACCAUUUUUAUUCAACUUCCUAUAAAGAUAGCACUAGAAAAUGCAAAUGAAAUCAAUUUUAGAUCAAAGUCUUUAAUAUUUAAUGAGAAAAUUCAGAGAAAAAACUUGUCCCCACUCUUAGAUUCAAGCACCUAUAAGAUACUCGAAAAGAUGGAUGGACACCAAAUAGCUGUCUCUGGACCUCGAGGUGUGGCAGUAGUAGUUUCAAACAACCAAAGAAAAGUCAGGGUGUUUGUAAUGGAAUCAAACGAUGAUGAUGAAGACGAUACCCUUGACACAACACCUCUCUCACAACUAACGCAUUCCAAUGAUAACAGUCAAAGCACACUGCCCUGAAACAUAUGUACAAGAUACACAGUGUGUAUCUUAUUAUAAUUCUAUCAAAGUGUAGAAUAUUUUAAAAAAAGUCAUAGAAAUUUGGACUAUUUAUUUGUUUAAGGUUAGACUUAAUAACAUACUACAACAUAAGAUUUAUUUACAGUAUGUAUAUGUCGCAGCCGACUGGUUUAAAUAGCCGUUCAAUCAA